UUUGAAUGUAUUUGUAUUUCAGCCACCAAAUAUAAGCUCUCAAGGUAUACUAAACAAGCCAUAGUCUGUAUAUUUAAUAUUUUCUAUCAUAGGGCAGUUGUGAUUAUUGUAUUAUUGGAUACUUUUUAUAGCCUAAUCUAUCCGUGCUGUCAAUAAUCCAGUAGUAAAUAGGACAUUAUUAAAGUUUCAUCCACAGAUUGUACCAGUUACCUCUAGGCUACUUAUGGUUGAAAUAAACCAUAUAUGGGCCCAGUCGAUCUUUUCAGAAGCAAGAAAAUACCAAUCAGAAAUAGGCUAUGUCACCCACGUAUUAUUUAAUUGGCUUUAUUAAAAGUUGUGAAAAGUUUCAUGCGCAGCAGCAGAAGCUUGUGACACGACAAAUUGACCCUCAUGAGGUCAAACCAGACAGAGGAGAGCUCCUGCUGUCCAAUCACAAAGCUCCCCAAGCAUCUGGACGUCCGGGUCUUGGACCAAUCAGCGAGCGCAGCGCGGAGUCAGAGGGGACAGCGACCACAGAUAAAAUGUUUGACUUCCAUCCAUCCUCUCAAUCCAUCCUCCCAAUCCUCGCAGGACUGUUAGCAGCCUGCACUUUGAGUUAAACUCCCACCUCAGCACGCAUCUGUUACUGGAUAACGGUCAACUACCUAUCUGAGGGAUUCAGACUUCUUUUUCCUGUUGGGGCAACUUGUUACUCAAGGAAAAGGAGCACCGUGUCUGUAGCUGCAUAUAACCAACGGAGGGUGUUUUGUGGGAUUAAAAAGCGACACUGUUACCUGACAUUAAGUCAGGAGUCAUGACAGCGCUUGCAGGAGGUUUACCGAGAAUGAUGAGACCCAGUCCUCACCAGAACUACCCGAGGGGAGGAUACUCUCUCGAAGUCUCCACUCCGUUAGGACAGGGUCGGGUCAACCAGCUCGGCGGUGUCUUCAUAAACGGCAGACCUCUACCCAACCAUAUCCGCCAUAAAAUCGUGGAGAUGGCCCAUCACGGUGUCCGGCCGUGUGUCAUCUCCCGUCAGCUCCGGGUGUCCCAUGGCUGCGUCUCCAAAAUCCUCUGCCGUUACCAGGAGACUGGCUCCAUCAGGCCGGGGGCCAUCGGAGGCAGCAAGCCAAAGCAAAGCGCGUCUCCAGAGGUGGACAAGAAGAUCGAGGAGUACAAGAGAGAAAACCCGGGCAUGUUCAGCUGGGAAAUCAGGGACAAAUUGCUGAAAGAUGGGGUCUGCGACAGGAACAACGUUCCCUCGGUAAGCGCCAUCAGUCGCGUCAUGCGGUCAAAAUUCGGUGGAAUUGGUGAGGAUGACGAAGACGACGAUGAAGGGGUGAAGAGGGAGAUGGAGGAAAACGAACCACGGACAAAACACAGCAUCGACGGCAUUCUGGGAGACAGAUCCAGUCACUCAGAUGAGGGCUCCGACGUAGACUCAGAGCCAGGCCUACCUCUGAAGAGGAAGCAACGCCGCAGUCGGACCACCUUCACAGCAGAACAGCUGGAAGAGCUGGAGAGGGCCUUCGAACGCACACACUACCCUGACAUCUACACACGAGAAGAGCUGGCUCAGAGAGCCAAACUCACGGAGGCUCGAGUUCAGGUGUGGUUCAGCAACAGAAGAGCUCGGUGGAGGAAGCAAGCAGGAGCCAAUCAACUGAUGGCUUUUAACCACCUCAUCCCUGGCGGUUUUCCACCAUCAGCUAUGUCAGGCCUGCAGCCCUAUCAGCUGUCAGACAGCCCCUACCCUCCUACUUCCAUUGCUCAAGCAGCAUCAGAGCAGCCCAGUACAGUCCACCGACCGCAGCCUCUGCCCCCCACCUCCGUGCACCAGAGUGGGCUCAGCUCAUCGGCAGGCUCCCAGGAUGGAGGCUCUGCAUACUGCCUGUCCUCUGGACGUCAUGGUUUCUCAGGAUACUCGGACAGUUUUGUGGCCCCGACAGGACAUGCCAACACUGUCAACCCCGCCAUCAGCAACAGCCUCUCACCACAGGUGAUGGGCCUUUUGAACCCAGGUGGAGUACCACAUCAGUCUCAGAGUGACUUUGCCCUCUCCCCACUGACCGGAGGCCUGGAGCCUAAUGGUGGCAUGGCUGCCAGCUGUCAUGGCUCCCAGCGCCUGGAGGCUUUACCAGGCCUGACCAGUAUGCCUACCCUGCCUAGCACCCAGUCUUACUGCCCACCCUCCUACACCUCACAAGCCUACGCCAUGGACCACCAUCCAUCCUACCAGUAUGGGCAAUACAGUCAAAGCAAGGUGCCUUUCAUUAUAUGAAGCCCCCAGCAUGGCCUGAGCAUGAGGCUUCCCCCGGCCAGUCUGACAUUCAUCGCCAGAGAACACCCCCACCCAUUGCCUUUGCCAAGCUUCCUGGGCAGGCUGGAGAACAGCUAGAGAAAGGAAUUGAGUGUGUGGAGGGGUUGAGGUGUUCUCCCUCAGCAAGGGAACCACUUGAGAUGGUGGUGCAGCAAUGGCGAUGGAGGGGGUUGACUGCAAUAAUUAAGACCAAAGGCACAGCCUCUCCUAUUACCUGGCACUCGCUUUGCUUGUGCGUCACGUCACGCUCCAAGGACCGAGUACGGUUGUCCAUGCUUGAAGAGGAAAAGAAAAGGGGUGGGAGGGGAAAGUAAAUACAUUCAAGAUUCUGUGUUUGAUUUUUGUAAUAAGUGGCAGAGAUGGAAGUUGAGGCGGACUUUGUGAGCAGCGUUGCCCCCUGUGCUUUCAGGGCCAAUAAUGAUAGACAAGAAGUGGAUUCUUAAGGUUGAUGGUCAUCAAAAGGCUGGGUGGUGAUAACUUCUUGUGCUCAGUCGCAAGGAUCUCUUCAUCACAAUGUCUUAGGAAAAUGAUGUGACUGUACAUUGAUGUGAUUCUUGUAUGAGACAUCGACGAUGAAAAUGUGACUACACCGGGAAAAGCAGCAGAAAGGCACGAAUCAAGGCCGAGUGGAGUCAUAGCGAAACCACUGCAACCCAAAGAAAGUGCAAUACAUUCAUACCUCAUGUGAUGUAAAUUUAACACAGAUCAAAUAUCCCCGAUUAUAUCCUCAAAAACACGCUCUCUCC